GCGGUGCGGCGCAGCGUACGGGUCAGGCGGUGCGCGCGGCGGCCCCGGGUGGUUGGGGUCCUGCGCUGCGGCGGCGGGCGGGCGGAUCGGUGUCUCCUUCACUUCGCCCUCCAGUGCCAGCGGCUGCAGCAGCGCGGCCCGACACGCCUGCGCCCGGCCUCGCUCCGCACGGCCCCGGCCCCGCUGCGCUCCGCACGGCCCCGCUGCCCAGGUGCCGAGCCGGCCCCAACGGAGCGGGGGAGCUCCAAUGGCGAUUCCUCCAUCAUACGUAGACCUUGGCAAAUCUGCCAGAGAUAUCUUCAAUAAAGGAUAUGGUUUUGGGUUGGUGAAACUGGAUGUGAAAACAAAAUCUGCCAGCGGAGUGGAAUUUACAACAUCGGGUUCAUCAAACACAGACACUGGAAAAGUGAAUGGGAGCUUGGAGACCAAAUACAAGUGGGCUGAGUAUGGGCUGACUUUCACAGAAAAAUGGAACACAGAUAACACUCUGGGAACAGAAAUUGCAAUUGAAGAUCAGAUUGCCAAAGGCUUGAAGUUGACAUUUGAUACAACUUUCUCACCAAAUACAGGAAAGAAAAGUGGUAAAAUUAAGUCAGCUUAUAAACGCGAAUGCCUAAACCUAGGUUGCGAUGUUGACUUCGAUUUUGCUGGACCUGCAAUCCAUGGUUCAGCUGUCUUCGGUUAUGAAGGCUGGCUUGCUGGUUAUCAGAUGACUUUUGAUAGUGCCAAAUCAAAAUUGACAAGAAAUAACUUCUCUGUGGGUUACAAGACUGGAGACUUCCAACUGCACACUAAUGUCAAUGAUGGUUCAGAAUUUGGUGGGUCAAUUUACCAGAAAGUGAGCGACAAUCUUGAAACUGCUGUAAACCUGGCUUGGACAGCAGGGAGCAACAGCACUCGCUUUGGCAUUGCGGCUAAAUACAAGUUGGAUUCCACUGCUUCUAUCUCUGCAAAAGUGAACAAUUCUAGUCUAGUUGGAGUGGGCUACACCCAGACCCUGAGGCCAGGCGUGAAGCUUACACUGUCUGCCCUGAUAGAUGGAAAGAGCAUCAAUGCUGGUGGCCAUAAACUUGGUCUUGGCCUGGAAUUGGAGGCUUAAAAAGGUGAAGAAACUGCUGCAGAGAAGGGAUAUCAGAAGAAUUUGGCCUUAAAAUGUAUUUCCAAUGUGACCAGCAGGCUUUUUUUUUCCAAGAAGGAUGACCUAGAACAAGAGCUGUAUUUGAAGUAUUUAGACAGUUACUUGUUAGCUGGUUUCUAGUUAAAUUGGUUACCCAUCUAGUUAAAAUUCUGCAUUAGUGCAGUCACUUAAACAUUAUUUAAAUGUAUUUAACUGUUUAAUGCGCUACCCACAAUAAUGAAAUAGACAUUUAUGAAAACUGUACAAUUGUGUGCAUGUUCGUUUUUAUGUUCCUUUUAACAUUCGAUAUUGCCAUUGAAUGAAAAAUGGAUCAGUGGAUGUUUUGAAAUGAGGUCAAUGAUUUUGUUAAAUCACCUGAAGUAGAAAUACAUUUGGUAUCCCAGGACAAAUUACGAAUAAAACAAGUACACACACAUACUUGUGCCUCAGAUAUUUUAAGAGUUAAGAUAUGAGGGUAGUGCUCAGUUAAGUUGUAACUUUUAACUUAAAAUAAUCCAAGAAGUAGUGCUCUAUACUUUGUGCAAUUAAGGAUCCCCACCCGUGACAACACUGAAUAUAGACGGCUUUCACCAAACAGUUGGAUUCCUCAAGCAAGCUGAAUGUGCUUUUCUGUCAGGUAAGAUUUGUUGUGACACAACGGUCUAACUCCCCGUGUUCCACGGGCAAGAUUUACGGCAUUACUAGUUGGCCUCUAGAUGCAAAGAGUGCAGAAUGAUGUACCAGGCACACCGAGACGUUUAAGAACUGCUCCUUGGUGCUUUUGCUCAAGGGGUGAAAAACCUCGCCACAAACACACCUUUUGCUUAUAUUUGUAUGAAGUGAGACGUGUAUCUGCAACUGAAUGUAACAGUGUAACGGUAUACUGGCCUGCUUAUCCCAACUGCUGUGAGAGGUUUCUGCUUAAAAUGACUGAAAUAAAGGCUUAAUUUUCAAUGGA